AUGCUGUACGGUGGUUCGCACUUUCCAAAUGCUGGAAAGUUUUGUUGGGACAAGGCUGCUGGUUUCGGUUCAGAUAUCCAGGGGUGUACAGACAAAUUCUUCCAGCAUGCCAAGGAAUUCUGUCCCUCUGACAAGAUGGCAGAAUUGAGGGAGUCUGUGGAUAGCGUCGCCAGCACAGCCACGACACUGUAUCAAGUCGUCAAAGAAACCGCAGAACAAUGUGGCAUUCCUCUCUACACUAUAUCAAAUAACCUUGUAAACACCUUCAGUGUCCUAUUUGAAGAGCUCAAAGAACAGUUUCCACCACCUGGUGAAGCUUCUGGUCAUGAGAAGCGCAUGACCAUGAUGAACAUCAGGGAAAACCUCCCACGGGAAUUUUGA